AUGUUACUGUGAUAGUGCCUGGGACUACAAACAGACUGACCACAGUUCGAUGCGAAGAGUCUCAAUCGCUCUACGAACUUCUACGAAUGUACAAUCUUACCUGUUCAGAGGUCUGGGACUCGCACAUAUCACUGUCAACUAGGGCACCAUGUACCGCCCUGAUAGAUCAUGACAUGACAGUGGUAUACGCAGCAGUGUCUACCCAGGAUGAACACUUUGCACGUGCACCGGGCUUCCCGCCCUUGUAUCAUAAAAUGAAACAUGUGAAAAUGAGGGCCAGGUACAAUGCUCUGAAACGCAGACCUGGCAGAACCGGUGUUCAUACACAUACCUCUGUGCAUACGAACGGAUUGCCCGCGCAUGAUGAGAUGAUGGUAGCCUUGUAUUACCAGGAUUCACUGACUACAGUCAGAGAUGUUAUCACUCAGGAUGGGCGAUUCAUCCCAUCUGCGCACGUGACACCAGACUGUAGCCUCGUUCCGGUGAUGGAGGUGGAACGGGACAACGGGCUCGUGAUUACUGAUGACAUCGUGGUACUCGCCGGUGUGGGACGUGAAAGGAGCCCUGUACAAUGCUACUGCUGCUUUGGAGACGCUGACAGAUACCUACACUGCGGACACGUGUGCUGUCACGUGUGCUACGCGACACUGAGAUCUGAAACCCGUGUUACGUGGGGGGUUUGUAAGGAGAUAAGUGUAGGUAAAGCACUCUGGAUUCCACCCGGGUUCCAGUUCCAAUGUAAUAAAUGUCAAUGUGUUAAGUCAUGGGUGCUAAGCUGCGGCCAUGUAUCCUGUACAUGCGAUGGAACGCGCUGUCUCGUGUGCAAGAAGGCAAAUACAAGACUCUCAAAACUCCAUUUCUGACAAAUAUCUCUCUGGACCAUUCUUAACGUACCCGUGUUCUGUGUGUGGACACUGUUACGCUCAGAGUUAUUACAUACGUAGACCAUGUUCCCUGUAUAUUCAUUAGCCCGAUGGCAUGUCCCAGUAUUUAUUAUACGUACCUGUGGUGAGAUAUAAUCUGUAGUAGUAGCGUUGCAUACUAAUAUCUGUGUUCUGUGUGUAGUGUUCCUCGAUCGGGUAACGUUCGAGUACUACUUUAUUACCCUUGGCUAUUCUUAGGCUCCGUGUAUUAGGAGCUGUGUGCUGUACGGUGUUGUUAUAUUGUAAUACGUUUCCAAAUGGUACUACUACCUGGUAAUGUCCUAAGAGGUGUUGGAUGUGUACAUACAUGAUUUGUAAAACCUAUACGUGUGAAAGCAAUACACGA